AGGAACUAUUAAUAUCGGGCUGAAUUAACAAUUAACAAAUUUUAAGUUGAAUUUAUUUGAGUGAAAUGAAUUGUUAAUGAAAAUUGCAGGUUUAUUGUGAUCAGAUAUCCAGUUGUAAACUCCAGCUAAGAACUUCAAACUGCAAACUUAUAAUUUGCAACCUGCUAAUCCGAAAUCAUGGAAAACUGGUCCACAAACGCGAUCAUUAACUGGAAUCAUCAUGGAAUUAUGGAGUUGCCAAGUGAAUUGGAACAUUAUGGCAGUAGCGUGAGGGAAAUGCAUUUACAACAUAAUAGAAUUCAAACUUUGCCGCCAUGGAUCACGUAUUUAAGGAAUUUGAGUGCACUUUAUUUGGAUAAUAAUAAUUUGCGGGAUAUUCCGGAGGAAAUUGGCACCUUGUCGCACCUGACUGAUCUGAACUUAAGUAGUAACAGUUUGAGCAAACUUCCGCAAGAGAUCAAAUCUUUACACAGUUUGACGAAUUUAAUCAUUACUGAUAAUAACUUGACCAAUUUGCCCGAUUUCACCCAGUUACGAUCUUUGCGACGUUUGGACGUGAGUUACAACGGCAUAAAGUGCCUGCCUCCGAGUGUCGGUGAGCUUCGAAACUUGGAAGAACUUUCCGUCGACAGCAAUCCGCUGUUCGAAUUGCCACCUUCCGUGUUUUCCUUACCACGUCUGAGGGAAUUGAGCGCAAAUUGUUGUGAUUUGCGCUGCUUACCAGCAUUACCAUUGGCCGCUGAUCCUCUGCCUAAUAUUAUUUUCAAGCUGAACCCUGCCCUGAAACAUGUACCCUUGACUCUUGAACCUCUGUUUGAUAUCAAUCCACAUAUCAGCACACGAUUUUGGACAUACGAUUCGACAGAAUUUUUCCAUCCAAGACAAAUCCAUGUAAAAGUAGUCAAUACUGAAAAUUUACCAGAAAUCGAUGUUUAUUUAUAUUCGGGUAUCAAACAUGUUUCACAAUAUUUUGCUCCAAAAAUGCCAACAUUGUUCGAAUUGGCCUUGCGGAAAACACAUGCUAUUUUGAGCAAAACCUCUUUCUUUCUGGAUGAGAAUGAAAACUGUGAUGAUGAAGAUUAUAAUGAAUUUUAUGAUAGUGAUUAUGAUGGGGAGGGUCAUUAUUAUGUGAACGGAAAAAGUUUUAUAAAAAUGACUCAUGAAGUAAUGCAUGUUGAGGAACUACCUCUACAUCUGAGUUCUCAGUUAAAAGAAGGGCCGAAUGCCGUUUGCCACAACUGCAAAAUUGGAUUGUUUGAAUAUGGAGUGCUCUGCUUUUUAAACAGGUAUGAUAAUGAGAAAUUUUAAUAUAGGAGGGAGGUGCUUGCAAGGUAGAGAGGGGCUCAAAGGUCCGCGGGUAAAUAGAUCUACUACCGAUAUCUUAAAAACAAGUAAAGUUAAAAAUUUAUUAACAACAAUAUUUGGAAGUAGAAGGAAAGAGAUUAUCAAUCAGCUAUCACUUUGAUUCUUAGGAUGAUGCUAUCAGGAGAUAAACGGCAAAGAUUGAAAAUCCAUAACAAAAGUAAUUUUUUAGGUCGUUAGAUUUUUUAUUGAGAGCACUGUUCUCUAGUUUUCGAGACCUUAAUAUAAUUUUUAAGUAUAUUUUAUGUUUUAAUACACCUAGUGUUGUUAAUUUUAAGUUAGUACCCACUAAUUGAAAUACCACCAUAAACUCACUAUAUGAAAACUUACACAUGGGUUCUGGAGUAAAAGGCCAACUGAUUUUUUACCCUGGCAAAGGUGUAAACAAUGAAAAAUACCAAAUUUAGAAGUAAAUUAAGCAAUUUUACAAGAGUUAAAUUGAAUAAAUAGUCAUUCCAACUUUGCUGGUGAACAUAUCUGAAGUACCAGAUCAAGGUCUGUGAAAAAUUAUCCCAUAAAAUUUAUAUUUUGAUUUGGUUAAAUAAUGUAGCAAUUAUUUAGUAAAAUUUCGUUAGAAUUAAAAAUAAGACUUAGACCGGGCCUAUUUUACCCCGUAUAUGGGGAGAAAAGUACCAGGUGACAAAUUUUUGAAAAACAGUUGAAAAACACAUUUCUACAAUAAUGAAUUUUGCUGAGCAUAGUCAGAUAGAUGUUUGUUUGAUAUCUGUUAUUUAUUGUGAUGUAAUCGGUUCGGUUUUCACAAUAUAAUUGCUCAAAGUCAAAUUAGACUUUUGUGCCUUGCCCUACCCAAUAUAAAGAACGAAACAAGACAUAUUUUAAUUUAUUUACAGAAUCACAGGGUUUUAAAAAAACUGGGGCUUGUUAUCUGAAAAAUGGUAUAGGGAACACUCUAAUCAUAAAAACAAAGUAUCUGUAAAUACUUUGUGAUUUUUUCAAAUGAACUUAAGACUUUGAAAAAAUUAUUACCUAUAAAACGAUCAUGUUACAUGUCGCGCAAAUUUUAAU